CAAGAUGGCCGCGCCCUUGCGCUAGGAGGCGGAACGUCGGUUAAAAUACAAAGCGCUUCAUAUCGGCCUUAUAGUGCACUGUGUAACCCUUCACUCCAUACCCUUAGUAGUGCACAUGUGGGGAUUAGUGAUACAUUUCGGAUCCAGUCGUGUUUUAGGAACGAGUCUGUAGUUAAAGACGCUGUUGUGUUGAUCUUUCGAGCUUUGCACGAUGGAUAAAGACGAUCAUAUCCUGCCAAAAGACUUUCCUGAGCUGAAAAAUGACACGUUUUUGCGAGCAGCUCGAGGUGAAGAGGUCGAGUAUGUUCCAGUGUGGUGUAUGCGUCAAGCCGGACGAUACCUGCCAGAGUUCAGGGAAUUCAGAGCAGGCAAGGACUUUUUUGACACGUGCCGCUCUCCAGAAGACUGCUGUGAGCUCACGCUGCAGCCACUGAGACGAUUCCCUUUUGACGCUGCGAUCAUCUUCUCUGACAUCCUGGUGGUGCCGCAGGCUCUAGGUAUGGAUGUCCAGAUGGUAGCAGGAAAAGGUCCAACAUUCCCAGAGCCCCUGAAAGAGCCGGAUGACCUGCAGAGACUCCGCUCCAAAGUAGACGUGGCGUCUGACCUGGGCUACGUGUUCAGGGCUAUUACACUGACACGACACAAACUGGAAGGCAAAGUUCCUCUCAUCGGCUUCAGUGGUGCACCAUGGACUCUGAUGUCCUAUAUGAUUGAAGGCGGAGGCUCCACCACCCACUCGAAGGCAAAGCGCUGGUUAUACCGACACCCCGAAGCCAGUCACACGCUCCUCAAACGCCUUACUGAUGUUAUUGUGGAGUAUCUACUGGGUCAGGUCAGAGCCGGCGCUCAGGCUCUGCAGGUGUUUGAAUCACACGCUGGCUGUCUGGGUCCAGUGGAGUUUAAAGUGUUUGCUUUGCCGUACCUCAGGGACAUCGCACGCAGGGUAAAGGACAGGCUGAAGGAGUCAGGAUUAGACAACGUCCCCAUGAUUGUAUUUGCGAAGGACGGCCAUUACGCUCUGGAGGACCUCUCCCAGUCUCACUAUGAGGUGGUGGGCUUGGAUUGGACCAUUGACCCUCGUGCAGCACGGCAAAGGACUGGAGGGAAAGUCAGUCUGCAAGGAAACAUGGACCCCUGUGCACUGUAUGCUACUAAGGAGAGCAUUUCUGAUAUUGUAAAGACGAUGGUGGAGGCGUUCGGCACCAAAGGCUACAUCGCCAACCUCGGCCACGGUUUGUACCCAGACAUGGAUCCUGAGAGUGUGGGCGCUUUUGUGGAGGCCGUGCACACACACUCCCGUCGGCUGCUCAACCACAAAUAAGUCUAUCUGUGCAGAGACAGCAAGAAUCAUCACAACUACAUACACACACAUUCUGAGCCUGUUUAUAAAAUGAGCUAUAGGUUUCAUCCGCAGUGAUGUCCGAUGAGCAUCAAGGUUGAGAUUGUAUUGUAGACUUUCAGUGACCAAUGUGUGAUUUGCAGUCAGGACUGAACCAGAAAUAAUUUUUAUUGAUAUAUGUAUAAAAUGGUUUUAUAUUCAACCAAAUAAAGUGAGAUCUUCAUGGAAA